CUUCUCCCGCAACCAUUCUCUCCCGCAACCAUUCUCUCCCGCGACGGCACUCUCCAGCACGGCACCGCAACAGCGUUUCUCCACCACGACAAGCACACGGAUGGACACCACAUUUGAUGAAGAUCAUUUCUUUACCACUCUAUUGCAAAGUGGUGAACAAGGGAGAUCCACAACCGUAAUGGCUAGUAGCCAUGAUAAUGUUGGACUCCAAGCAACACUAUUGGAAGGUGAAAAAAGGCCACCUAGUAAGAAAACACAACGAGGUGUGUCUUUCACCAUAGAGGAGGACAAUCUCCUCGUGUCGGCUUGGCUCAAUAUUAGCAUGGCAGAGUCGACUCCACUAGGAGACGACACGAUAGAUGACAACGUAGAGGUCAUUUUUGAAAGGCCUCCAGGCAAGAAGGCUGAGAAAGAAAGGGAGAGAAAAAGGAAGGCUGCAGAAUCUUACGAUGCAGAAUUUGUUGAGGCCUUAACUUGCAUGACAAAUGAUAGAGCUGUUUUUAUGUCUGAAAGAAGACAAGCGACUAGUAAAUUGGAUGUUGAUAGGGCUCAAUUACUAGUGGAGAAAAAAAGGAGAAAUGAUACGGAGAAUAGGAAGAUUGAUAUAGAGAUAAUGAAGAUAGAUCUUGCUGGCAUGAAUGGAAUGCAACGAGAGUAUUUCUUAAAUAUUCAAAAAGAGGAAAAGGUGAAAUCGGAAACCCCUGGAAAUCAAAAUCGGGAACUAUCAAAGACAAACGCCCUGAAACGAAAUCAGGAAAUCUUUGAAGUCGUUGAUCUCAGACUUGUUGAUGAGCAACUAGCAAAGAGAAAGGCCUAG